GGCAAGGGAAGGAUAAUCUGGAGAGGGAUCCCUCAGGAGGGUGUGUUCCGGAUUUCUUGCCUCAGGCCCAAGACUCCAACCAUUUUAUAAUGGAAUCUUUAUUUUGUGAAAGUAAGUAUGUACAUAGCUGGGCAAUUGGGUAAAGUACUAAUAGGUGGACGUCAGGGAUGAAUUUUAGGCUUCCUCUCUCUCUCUUGCACUCUCUCUUGCUCUUUCUCUCUCUCUCUCUCUUCCAUAUUUAGGCCUGUGUGCACACAUCCAUGCAUGUUCAUGUUAGCAGAUAAUGUAGAAGGCUACCAGUAUGUUUAUCCCAAUAGGUAUGUUCUCUUUAUAUGUAUCUACAUAUGUGCUGUGUCUCUGUGUGUGUUUAUCUACAUGUAUUUUUAUUUCACCUAUGUAUUUGUGCAGAAGAUUGCGGGGAGGAGGGAUUUUUUUUUAGAAAGACAUUCGUAUCUUUCUUUAGGUAUGUGAUCUGAUUUCCAAAAACAUUAUGAAAGCCUCAAAAAGCAUUUUUACAAAGCAAUUUAUCAAAAAAUUAAAACAAAUAUACUGAGAAUAAAUUGAUCACUUAACAGUCAAUGGACAUCAAAUAGUAAACAUGUGAUUGGAAUCAGAUCAAUAGGAGACUUUCUGGAGUAAUCAAAUUUUUGCUGAAUUUAGAAAGUCUAAGGGGCCCAAUUCUUCCCUACUAAGACGGUGACCCCCAAUUGGCUGGGUAGGUGGUGGUGAAGGACAUGGACACUUAUUGUCUAUGAUCCCAGUUCCACACUAGCAGCUAUGUAACCUUAGACAAGUUACAUAACCUCUUUUGUACCUCAGUUGCCUCAUCUGAAAAAAUCAUGAUAUUAGCACCUACUUCAUAUAGUUGUUGUGAAGAUUAAAUGAAAUUAUUCAUUUCAAGUGCAUAGAAUAAAGCCUAGCACAUAGCAAGUAUUCAAUUAAUAUCAUUAGCUGCUAUGAUGAUUACUAAUAUUAUCAUUAGAUUCAGGGACAAUUCCAGUUGCCUUUCCUGCAGAUCCUGAACCUGGCUGGGGGCUCCGGAGAGGACCAGUUGGGAAGAAUGUCUGUCCUGAACAUCUGUCCCUUCUGCAGCCCCCAUUUUUCUCUCCGCCCUGGCACGCCCAGCCCCAGCCCGGCUUCCUGUGGACGUCAGGCAGUGAUGCUCUUCCCCUCAGGCCUAGAUAAAGGUAGCGGGGACUCAUCUCUGGAGAAGGAGUUCCUCGGGGCCCCAGUGGGGCCCUCGGUGAGCACCCCCAACAGCCAGCACUCUUCUCCCAGCCGCUCACUCAGCGCCAACUCCAUCAAGGUGGAGAUGUACAGCGAUGAGGAGUCGAGCAGACUGCUGGGGCCAGAUGAGCGGCUCCUGGAAAAGGACGACAGUGUGAUUGUGGAAGAUUCGUUGUCUGAGCCCUUGGGCUACUGUGAUGGGAGUGGGCCAGAGCCUCACUCCCCUGGGGGCAUCCGGCUGCCUAAUGGCAAGCUCAAGUGUGACGUUUGCGGCAUGGUCUGUAUUGGACCCAACGUGCUCAUGGUGCACAAGCGCAGCCACACUGGUGAAAGGCCCUUCCAUUGCAACCAGUGUGGUGCCUCCUUCACCCAGAAGGGGAACCUGCUGCGCCACAUCAAGCUGCACUCCGGGGAGAAGCCCUUUAAAUGUCCCUUCUGCAACUAUGCCUGCCGCCGGCGUGAUGCACUCACUGGUCACCUCCGCACACACUCAGUCUCUUCUCCCACAGUGGGUAAGCCCUACAAGUGUAACUACUGUGGCCGGAGCUACAAACAGCAGAGUACCCUGGAGGAGCACAAGGAGCGGUGCCAUAACUACCUACAGAGUCUCAGCACUGAAGCCCAAGCUUUGGCUGGCCAACCAGGUGACGAAAUACGUGACCUGGAGAUGGUGCCAGACUCCAUGCUGCACUCAUCCUCUGAGCGGCCAACUUUCAUUGAUCGUCUGGCCAACAGCCUCACCAAACGCAAGCGUUCCACACCCCAGAAGUUUGUAGGCGAAAAGCAGAUGCGCUUCAGCCUCUCAGACCUCCCCUAUGACAUGAACUCGGGUGGCUAUGAAAAGGAUGUGGAGUUGGUGGCACACCACAGCCUGGAACCUGGCUUUGGAAGUUCCCUGGCCUUUGUGGGUGCAGAGCAUCUGCGUCCCCUCCGCCUUCCACCCACCAAUUGCAUCUCAGAACUCACGCCUGUCAUCAGCUCUGUCUACACCCAGAUGCAGCCCCUCCCUGGUCGACUGGAGCUUCCAGGAUCCCGAGAAGCAGGUGAGGGACCUGAGGACCUGGCUGAUGGAGGUUCCCUCCUCUACCGGGCCCGAGGCCCCCUGACUGACCCUGGGGCAUCCCCCAGCAAUGGCUGCCAGGACUCCACAGACACAGAAAGCAACCACGAAGAUCGGGUUGCAGGAGUGGUAUCCCUCCCUCAGGGUCCCCCACCCCAGCCACCUCCCACCAUUGUGGUGGGCCGGCACAGUCCUGCCUACGCCAAAGAGGACCCCAAGCCACAGGAGGGGUUAUUGCGGGGCACCCCAGGCCCCUCCAAGGAAGUGCUUCGGGUGGUGGGCGAGAGUGGUGAGCCUGUGAAGGCCUUCAAGUGUGAGCACUGCCGUAUCCUCUUCCUGGACCACGUCAUGUUCACUAUCCACAUGGGCUGCCAUGGCUUCAGAGACCCUUUUGAGUGCAACAUCUGUGGUUAUCACAGCCAGGACCGGUACGAAUUCUCUUCCCACAUUGUCCGGGGGGAGCAUAAGGUGGGCUAGCAACCUCUCCCUCUCCCCUCAGUCCACCACUCCACUGCUCUGCCUACAGGCAUCGAUCCCUGUCCCCACCAUUUCCCAAGGAGUUUUGCUUUGUAGCCCUCACUACUGGCUACCUGACCUCACACCUGACCCUGACCCCUCCUCACCUAUUCUCCUCCUCUAUCCUGACCGAUUUAAGCAUUGUGAUGAAACAGGUCUUUUGCUUAUGUUUUUCCUUUUUCUCUUCUCUCAUCCCAGCAUACUGAGUUAUUUAUUAAUUUGAUUUAUUUUUGCCUUUUUUUUUUUUAACUUAUAUCAGUCACUUGCCACUCCCCCACCCUCCUGUCCACAGCUCCUUUCCACUUUAGGUCAAUUUUUCUCUCUUAGAUCUUCCAGCAGCCCCAGGGGUAGGAAGCUCCUCUUAGUACUAAGAGACUUCAAGCUUCUUGCUUUAAGUCCUCACCCUUUACAUUAUCUAAUUCUUCAGUUUUGAUGCUGAUUUACCUCCCCCCAGCCCUACUUUAGCUCUGUGGCAUUAUAUCUCCUCUCUGGGACUCUUCAACCUGGUACUCCAUACCUCUUGUGCCCUCUCACUUUAGGCAGCUUGCACUAUUCUUGAAUGAAUGAAGAAUUAUUUCCUCAUUUGGAAGUAGGAGGGGCUGAAGAAAUUCUCCCCAGGCACUGUGGGACUGAGGGUCCUCUUGAUGUUCCCCUAGUAACAUGAGUUCUCAAAGCCUACAUUCAGGAUCUCCCUCUAGGAUGUGACAGAUCUGGUCCCUCUCCUUGAACUACCCCUCCACACGCUCUAGUCCCUUCAACCUACCGGUCUAUUCAGUGGUGGCUUUUCUCUCCUUGGAGUGCCCCAAUUUUAUAUUCUCAGGGGCCAAGGCUAGGUCUGUAACCCUCUGUCUCUGACACAUUGGGAGCCUCAGGUGCCUAAUUGGGAACCAGGGCAUGGGAAAGGGGUGGGUCAAAAUUCUUCUCUUUCUCCUCCACCUCUCAAACUUCUUCACUAUAGUGACCUUCCUAGGCUCUCAGGGGCUCCUUCAGUCCCCAUCCUAUGAGAAACUAGUGGGUUGCUGCCUGAUGACAAGGGGUUAUCUCAGCCCCUCAGUCAUGCUGCCUUCUGCUGCUCCCUCCCAGCAGGGUUCACCCUCUCAUUCCCCGGCUCCUGGGCCCUGUUCUUAGGAUCAGUGGCAGGGAGAAACGGGUAUCUCUUUUCUCUCUUCUAAUUUUCAGUAUAACCAAAAAUUAUCCCAGCAUGAGCAUGGGCAUGUGCCCUUCACCCCAUUCCACCCUUGUUCCAGCAAGACUGGGAUGGGUACAACUGAAAUGGGGUCAUCCUUUACUACCCCCUUCUACACUCAGCUCCCAAACACAGGGUAGGAGAGGGUACUCCUGGCUACUGCAGAGACCCCUGGCUAUUUGAGUAACCAAGGAUUAGUGAGAAGGGGCAGAAGGAGAUACAACUCCACUGCAAGUGGAGGUCUCUUUUUACAAGAGUUUUCUGCCCGAGGCCACAGCCAUCCCACUCUCUGCUUCCUUGAGGUUCAAACCAAAGGCUGUUUUUCUAUGUUUAAAGAAAAAAAAAAAGUAAAAACCAAACACAACACCUCACAAGUUGUAACUCUUGGUCCUUCUCUCUCUCCUUUUCUCUUCCCUUCCUUCCCCUUCCAUCUUUCUUUCCACAUGUCCUUUCCUUAUUGGCUCUUUUACCUCCUACUUUUCUCACUCCCUAUCAGGGAUAUUUUGGGGGGGAUGGUAAAGGGUGGGCUAAGGAACAGAUCCUGGGAUUAGGGCCUUAAGGGCUCUGAGAGGAGUCUACCUUACCUUCAUAUGGGAAGGGAGACCCUAAAAAUCUUUAUCCUCUUUGUCCUCCUUUUUCUCCCCCACUCUGAGGUUUCCCCAAGAGAACCAGAUUGGCAGGGAGAAGCAUUGUGGGGUGAUUGUUCCUCCUUGACAAUGUAGCAAUAAAUAGAUGCUGCCAAGGGCAGAGAAUGGGGAGGUUAGCUCAGAGCAGAGUGGUCUCUAGAGAAAGGAAGAAUCCUCAACGGCACCCUGGGGUGCUAGCUCCGUUUUAGAAUGUCAGCAGAGCUGAGAUUAAUAUCUGGGCUUUUCCUGAACUAGUCUGGUUAUUGAGCCUUUCCUGUUAGACCUACCCCCUCCCACCUCUUCUGUGUCUGCUGUGUAUUUGGUAACACUUCAUAAGGACUAGUCCCUUCUGGGGUAUCAGAGCCUUAGGGUGCCCCCAUCCCCUUCCCCAGUCAACUGUGGCACCUGUAACCUCCCGGAACAUGAAGGACUAUGCUCUGAGGCUAUACUCUGUGCCCAUGAGAGCAGAGACUGGAAGGGCAAGACCAGGUGCUAAGGAGGGGAGAGGGGGCAUCCUGUCUCUCUCCAGACCAUCACUGCACUUUAACCAGGGUCUUAGGUACAAAAUCCUACUUUUCAGAGCCUUCCAGCUCUGGAACCUCAAACAUCCUCAUGCUCUCUCCCAGCUCCUUUUGCAUAAAAAAAAAGUAAAGAAAAAGAAAAAAAAAUACAUACACACUGAAACCCACAUGGAGAAAAGAGGUGUUUCCUUUUAUAUUGCUAUUCAAAAUCAAUACCACAAACAAAAAAAUUUCUAAGUAGACACUUUUCCAGACCUUUGUUUUUUUGUGUCAGUGUCCAAGCUGCAGAUAGGAUUUUGUAAUACUUCUGGCAGCUUCUUUCCUUGUGUACAUAAUAUAUAUAUAUAUAUAUAUAUAUAAAUAUAUAUAUUUUUAAUCAGAAGUUAUGAAGAACAAAAAGAAAAAAUAAACACAGAAGCAAGUGCAAUACCACCUCUCUUCUCCCUUACUCUUAGGGUUUCCUUUGUAGCCUAUGUUUGGUGUCUCUUUUGACCUUUACCCCUUCACCUCCUCCUCUCUUCUUCUGAUUUCCCCUCCCCCACUUUUUUAAGGAGUUUUUCUCCUUUCUCAAGGGGAGUUAAACUAGCUUUUGAGACUUAUUGCAAAGCAUUUUGUAUAUGUAAUAUAUUGUAAGUAAAUAUUUGUGUAAUGGAGAUAUACUACUGUAAGUUUUGUACUGUACUGGCUGAAAGUCUGUUAUAAAUAAACAUGAGUAAUUUAACACC